AUGUUGGGCGCCAAAGCAAACUGCCUACCCUUAGCCAAUCAUGUCCAAGAAACGCGCCGGCUCCAGGUGAAACUGCUGAAAGGAGUCACGUGGUCGCAUGCAGGCGGAUCCAUGUACGUCAGUGACCCACGUGAUCAUAACCACGGGGGAACUGAUUGGUGCCACGUUCGCCCUGGAGCUGGAGUGAUUCGUAUCAAUGAGAGUCAGUUCAGCAAACAGACUCAU